AUGGCCACGGCGAUGGACGCGCCCAACCCUGGAGCGGCUGCUGGCUCAGGAGGAAUGCCUAGUGACGCCCUGUACCGGGAGCUGUGGCAUGCGUGUGCUGGGCCGUUGGUCACAGUACCUAGACAAGGCGAGCGCGUCUAUUACUUCCCCCAGGGCCAUAUGGAGCAGCUUGAGGCGUCUACACACCAGCAGCUUGAUCAGUACUUACCGAUGUUCAAUCUACCACCCAAGAUCCUAUGCAGUGUCGUCAACGUGGAACUACGGGCUGAAGCUGAUUCGGAUGAAGUUUAUGCUCAAAUUAUGUUGCAACCAGAAGCUGAUCAAAAUGAACUCACCAGCCUGGACCCUGAACCACAAGAACCUGAAAAAUGCACUGCCCAUUCCUUCUGCAAGACACUGACAGCUUCAGAUACGAGCACUCAUGGCGGUUUUUCUGUUCCUCGGAGGCAUGCUGAAGAAUGUCUUCCUCAGCUGGACAUGUCUCAGAAUCCACCUUGCCAAGAACUGGUUGCCAAAGAUCUCCAUGGCACUGAAUGGCAUUUUCGGCACAUUUUUCGAGGGCAACCCAAGAGGCAUCUACUUACCACUGGCUGGAGUGUCUUUGUUAGCUCAAAAAGAUUGGUUGCUGGGGAUGCAUUUAUCUUCAUGAGAGGUGAAAAUGGUGAGCUACGGGUUGGUGUAAGGAGGCUCAUGAGACAAGUAAAUAGCAUGCCGUCAUCUGUCAUAUCAAGCCACAGCAUGCACCUUGGAGUCUUGGCCACAGCCUCCCAUGCCAUCUCCACUGGAACCCUCUUUUCUGUUUUCUACAAACCAAGAACUAGCCGAUCUGAUUUUAUUGUGAGUGUUAACAAGUACCUUGAAGCUAAGAAGCAGAAAAUAUCUGUUGGAAUGAGGUUUAAGAUGAGAUUUGAAGGUGAUGAGGCUCCUGAAAGAAGAUUCAGUGGAACAAUUAUUGGCAUCGGCAGUUUGCCGGCAAUGUCAAAAUCUCUGUGGGCAGAUUCUGACUGGAGAUCUCUAAAGGUUCAAUGGGAUGAACCUUCAUCCAUUCUCCGUCCAGAUAGAAUCUCACCAUGGGAAGUGGAGCCCCUGGAUGCAGCUAAUCCACAAUCCCCUCAACCUCCAUUAAGGACUAAGCGUCCACGACCCCCAGCUUCACCUUGUAUGGUUUCAGAACUGCCUUCAGGUUUUGGACUCUGGAAAUCUCCAACUGAAUCAUCCCGUACACUCUCAUUUUCGGAACCUCAACGGGCUCGAGAGUUAUUUCCUUCAAUUCCCACGUCAACCUUCUCAUCUUCAUCAAACGUCAGUUUCAAUUCAAAGAAUGAGCCAUCCAUGCUAACCAGCCAGUUCUACUGGUCAGCAAGGGAUACAAGAGCUGACUCCUGUGCUGCUAGCACCAACACAGUCAUAGUUGAAAAGAAGCAAGAGCCAAGUUCUGGUGGUUGCAGAUUGUUUGGAAUUGAUAUAUGCUCAACUGUGGUUACUGCUCCAGGUGUUGGUUAUGAGCAGACUGCUGCCUCUGUAGAGUUGAACUCGGAUAAGCUCUCACAGCCAUCUGAUGUCAACAAUUCUGAUGCCCCAGCAGCUAGCAGUGAGCGUUCACCUCUUGAAUCCCAAAGCCGGCAAGUGAGGAGCUGCACCAAGGUAAUUAUGCAUGGAAUGGCAGUUGGAAGGGCUGUAGACCUGACAAAGCUUAGUGGCUACAGCGAUCUUUGCCAGAAGUUGGAGGCGAUGUUUGACAUCCACGGGGAGCUAGGUUCCACACUCAAGAAAUGGCGGGUCAUUUUCACUGAUGAUGAGGAUGACAUGAUGCUUGUUGGGGAUGAUCCUUGGGAUGAGUUUUGCAGAAUGGUGAAAAGGAUUUACAUUUACACAUAUGGGGAGGCAAAGAAGCUGACAUCCAAGUCAAAGUUACCUGCUAGCAGUGACAGCAGCAAGCUGAGCGCUGUGGAUCGUGUGAAAAAUGUUGUCUCCGAAGGUGUCCGGGAGAUCUGGUUGAGCAGCGAAGAGACUGGUGCUUAUGGUAAUCUCGAUGUCCAAUUCUUUCUGGGUCUUCUAAUUGUAGAUACAUGUGGUGAGACUGAUGAAGAUUUUUCUGAGACUAUUAACCUCGUAAAGGAAUAUCAAUUCCCUCAAGUCCACAUUUCACAAUUUUACCCCAGACCAGGGACGCCUGCUGCUAGGAUGAAGAAGGUACCAAGCAAUGAAGUGAAAAAGCGGAGUCGUGAAUUGACUUCAGUUUUCGAAUCAUUUUCACCAUACCAAGGAAUGGAAGGCAAAUUAGAGAGGAUCUGGAUCACCGAGAUUGCGACUGAUGGUGUUCACUUGGUUGGACAUACCAAGGGAUAUAUCCGGGUGCUGGUAAUUGCUCCUGAUAGCUUGUUAGGAACGUCAGCAAAUGUGAAGAUCACAUCUGUUGGACGAUGGUCUGUCUCUGGUGAUGUGAUAGAAGGAUCUGUUGCAGUAGGAGAAGCACAGAAGCAAACUAGUGCCAAACUGAAGAAAGAAGACAUACACCAACAGGUGGAGGAAGCUGGUUUUUGUGCCACUGACUCUUGUGGCGCCUGGGAUGCUCCUAUGAGGCACAACAGUGUGGCCCAGAACGAUGUGAAGACACGUACGUCUCAUGCCCCGCAGACCUGUGGUGAUGUUACUCGUCAGGAGGCACUCCAGAGUCCAACCUAUGCUUGUGAGGAGAAGCGUAGAGGGAACUACGAAAGAAAGCGACAGCGGUGCAGCACAUUUACUAGGGAAGGAACAGCAGGUGAAAGUAGUAACUAG